ACAGAUGAUGACAUGCGAAUUACGUAUAGAGAACGAUUCCAACUUGGUCUAACUUCUAACUGUCGAACAUUUUAUUUACAUAAGAGUAAAUUAUGGAGUAGAUACGGUCAUAGAUACGGUUUAUUCUACGACUGUGGAUGAAUCGGAACAUCUUAAACGUUAAAUAAAACAUAUGUAACACCACCCAAUCCGAAUUUUCAUCGCACAGAUAAAAUGGCAUCGAGAUUUAGUGGGGCACUGCAAAUCACAAAUUUGGAUGACUUCAUUACUCCUUCUCAGGAAUGUAUCAAACCUAUAGAAAUUAAAGCGUCGAACAGUAAAACUGGUACAAAGAUUAAGAUUGAAGAAGAUGGAACACCUUCAGCAUUAGCUCAGAGUGGACAAUAUGAAAAAUUACAAAAAGUUGAGAUCACACUUGCCGAUUGUCUGGCCUGCAGUGGUUGCAUUACGUCUGCAGAGAGUGUACUGGUAACGCAGCAGAGUCAAGAAGAACUGAUGCGUGUGUUUAGAGAAAAGAUGUCUCAGUGUCAGAACGAGGCUGGAACUUGUUCAACGUUCAUUGUAGUUAGUCUUUCCAUACAAGCAGUAUUAUCUAUAGCUGAACGUUACAAUCUCAGGCCAGAUCAGGCACAAGAGAAACUCGCGGCAUAUUUUUAUCAAUUAGGAGCAGAUGCAGUCUUGGAUAUGACGGUGGCCGAUGAUUUUGCCCUGUUGGAAUCUGCGAAAGAAUUUGUCGAACGGUACAAAGCAGCCAAAGGGGGUGCAAAGAAUCAAUUGCCCAUGUUGUCUUCUUCUUGCCCAGGCUGGGUCUGUUACGCCGAGAAAACGCAUGGCAGUUUUAUACUUCCAUAUAUAAGCGUCACAAAAUCUCCCCAACAAAUUAUGGGUUCGUUGGUCAAAUAUCAUUUAACUGAAAGUAUGGGCCUCUCGCCGGAACAAGUUUAUCACGUAACCCUCAUGCCUUGUUACGAUAAAAAGCUAGAAGCGUCCAGAGAAGAUUUUUAUAAUCGCGAAAAACAAUCGAGAGACGUGGAUUGUGUUAUUACUCCGAUUGAACUGGAACAAAUGUUUAAUGAGUCGAACGUAGUACUAAAUGAAAUAAAUCUGACGGAAGUUCGAAGACCGCCAGCAAUACAGAUUGAAGACAUGAACAAUUUACAUUUAUACGGACACAGUGGCUCAGGGUCCGGUGGUUACGCUGAUUUUAUUCUUCGUUACGCGGCGAGACACUUGUUCGACGAAACGGACGUGGUAGUCGAGUUUAAAAAUCUCCGAAAUCCUGACUUCCAAGAAGCAGUCUUUCGGAAAGACGAUCAGACACUCUUAACGUUCGCGAUUGCCAAUGGAUUUAGAAAUAUACAAAACCUCGUACAGAAAUUAAAACGAGGAAAGUGUCCGUACGAUUACGUGGAAGUCAUGGCGUGUCCCUGUGGUUGUCUUAACGGGGGAGCGCAAAUUAGACCUUCGAAUAAUGUACAACCACGGGAAUUGGCAAUGAAAUUAUACUCUACACACCAAGAGCUUCCUCGAAGUAAUCCCGUACAAAAUCCUGUCGUACACAGUUUGUACAAGAAUUGGUUGGGAGGAGAACACACGGACAAAGCUUUAGCGUACUUUCACACACAAUAUCACGAGAUAAAAAAGGCAGACACGGCUUUAGCUAUAAAGUGGUAACUGAAAAAGGUAUCUUAUUUAAUUGUAUAUAAUACAUAGUAAUUUAAAGUUGAGGGAGAUAUUUGUAAAUGAUGUUUGUACUUGGCUGUGCGUAGAUAAUAUGCAAGUCAGUCGAGGUAUAAAGUGAUCGUUGCUAUUUUAACAACAAAUUUAUUACGUAUACCUAUUUGACAAAACUGGAACAUGUAGUGUAACGAACAUAAAAUUAUGUCUCUCUUUAUAAAAUAAUAGCCUUACAACUAAGUUUCAUGAAUCGUGAUAUUAAAAAUGUGCAGCAAAUGUAAAAAGUUACACAGAUCGUACACAUACCACAAUAACGCUUUAUCGCAUAUAUGUAUAUUGCAAUGUAUUUGUUGAAAGUACAAAAGAUUGUCUUUUAUAGCUGCUCACGCUAGAUAAUCGAAUAAUCUAGUAUGACUAGUAACAAAUAUUAAGAAACAACAAAGACUUCCAGGAGAAACAUCAGUUUAGUCUCUAAACAGUGCAAUAGCAUUUUGUACACAUCGUAAUUCUAUUUUGUAGUUUGUUUUAUUCGCCUGCAGAGCAAUAAUUUAGCUAUACGCAUUUAAUAAGAAAAUAAUAUAUUUUAUAAAACGAUCUCUUAACAUAUAAUUACUCUUAAUAAUACUGAGAAAAUAAUAUAGUUAACUUGGUACGAACAGAAAUAAAAUUCGUUCAAACUAGUUAUGUCGCAAACGUUAAACAACGAUUUCGUGAAAAAUCUAUAGUCAGACAGUGAUCAACAACAUAUAUUAUGCAUUCAUCGUCUAGAUGUUACAAUUAUAUUAUUUUUUCUUGUGCAA